AUGGGAACCCUGAACUCUCACAGGGUUUACUUAAAUCCUGUGGUAGAAAGGGAAAAGCAUCUCCGGUCUAAUCUCUGGAUGAAAGGAACUGCUGGAGCCAUGAACAUCUCACAGUUUCUCUCCACUCUCACUUUUGUGCUUCUCAUUGGAAAGAGCAUAGCUUGGUAUUACAACGCCUCCGUCGAAGUCAUGACGUAUAAUGAAGCCAGUGCGUAUUGCCAGCAAAAGUACACGCACCUGGUGGCGAUUCAGAACAAGGAAGAGAUCAAUUACCUAAACUCCAACCUGAAAUAUUCACCAAGUUAUUACUGGAUUGGAAUCCGAAAAGUUAAUAAUGUAUGGGUCUGGGUGGGGACCCAGAAGCCUCUGACUGAGGAAGCGAAGAACUGGGCACCAGGUGAACCAAACAACAAGCAAAGAAACGAGGACUGUGUAGAGAUCUACAUCCAAAGACCCAAGGACUCCGGCAUGUGGAACGACGAGAGAUGCGACAAAAAGAAACUGGCUCUGUGCUAUACAGCUUCCUGUACCCACACAUCCUGCAGUGGGCAUGGUGAAUGCGUAGAGACCAUCAAUAGUUACACCUGCAAGUGUCACCCUGGCUUCUUUGGACCCAACUGUGAGCAAGUUGUGACCUGCAAAGCACAGGAACACCCUGACCAUGGAAGCCGGAACUGCAGCCACCCUUUUGGCCCCUUCAGCUAUAAUUCCUCCUGUUCUUUUGGCUGUAAUAGGGGCUACCUACCCAGCACCACGGAGACGACCGUGUGGUGUACGCCUUCUGGAAAAUGGAGUGCGCCUGCCCCAGCCUGCCACGUGGUCGAAUGUGAAGCUUUGACAAAACCUGACAAUGGAGUCAAGAAAUGCUCCUCAAGUCCCGGGAACUUCUCAUGGAACACGACCUGUACGUUUGACUGCGAGGAAGGGUACAGGCGAGUUGGAGCUCAGACUCUACAAUGUACCUCAUCUGGUACCUGGGACAAUGAGAAGCCAUCAUGCAGAGCCGUGACCUGUGAUGCCAUCCCUCAGCCUCAGAGUGGCUCUGUGAGCUGCAGCAACUUAACAGCUGGAGAGAAGUUUGCCUUUAAGUCAUCCUGCAACUUCACGUGUGAGCCCAGUUUCACGUUGCAGGGGCCAGCCCAGGUUGAAUGCAAUGCACAAGGGCAGUGGACACCACAGAUCCCAGUGUGCAAAGGAACGCGAUUCAAGUUGUUAGCACUGCCAGAAAAUGUCUUGACCCGGCAAGCCAUCUCUCUGGCCCCCUGCAGACGUGCUUUGGGUUUUACUGUAAGACGGAAGCGAGUGCACAUCUUCGUGGCUUGGUUACCCCGAGACGCCUGCUAUAGCCCAAUGCUUAUGCCUCUGAAUGGCUUUUCUCUUCCAGCUGUGGAAUGUGAUGCUAUCUCCCCGCCUCAAAACGGUUUCAUGGAGUGUGUUCAUGCUACUACCCGGAGCUUCACCUACCAGUCCGUGUGUGCCUUUCAGUGCAGUGAGGGCUUUGAGUUACACGGGUCGGCUCAACUCGCAUGCACGUCCCAGGGAGAGUGGACUCAAGAAGUCCCCUCCUGCCAAGCUGUGCACUGCUCAAGCCUCGAAGUUCCGGGAAAGAUGAACAUGAGCUGCAGUGGGGCAGCAGUUUUCGGCACAGUGUGCGACUUUGCAUGUCCUGAUGGAUGGACACUCAAUGGCUCUUCGGUUCUGACAUGUGGUGCCACAGGACGCUGGUCUGGGAUGAUGCCUACCUGUGAAGCUCCGACCGACACCACCCACCCCUUGUUAGUUGCACUUUCUACGGCAGGAACCUCGCUCCUGGCACUGUCCUCAUUUAUCUACUUGUUCAUGAGAUACUUUCGGAAGAAAGCAAAGAAAUUUGUUCCUGCUAGCAGCUUCCAAAGCCUUCAACCUCUUGGAAACCAUCAGGCGCCUUCUCACGUCAUCUAA